AGUCUGUAGUUUUGCUAAUGCACGCUCGUAUGAUUGUUUAAAUGAUUUAUCAUUUUUCAGGAGUCUUCUGUACUUGAUGAAUUCGGCCAAUACUGGGUCAUUGCUAGGCAGGAGGGCUUUCACCAUGUAGACUGUAGAUUCUGUAUCUAAGCUCACAACUGAUGCUAAUUCUCGUAAUCGCUUGUUCUGCAAUGGCUGCCCUUUUUCAACACAAACCCCUGAAGAAACAUUCCUUUGGAAAAAGCAAGUCUAACAUAGAGAGAAAACAGAAUGGCAUCAGCUUUACCUGUAUCUUGUCCACCACCAUUGUUUGACUGUGACAUUAGGGAACCCGCCGAAUUUCCUAUUCCUUUUGAGUCAACAUUGUUUACUAGAAAUACCUGUCUCUUGUCCAAUGCCAUCACCAUCAUCACCACCAUGACCAUCACCAACAUCAUGACCAUCACCGACAUCAUGACCAACACCAACAUCAUGACCAUCACCGACAUCAUGACCAACACCAACAUCAUCAUCACCCUCAUGACCAGCACCAUGACCACCAUGACCACCAACACCAUCAUCACCAUGACCACCAACACCAUCACCACCAACACCAUCAUCACCAUGACCACCAACACCAUCACCACCACCACCAUCACCACCAACACCAUCACCACCAUGACCACCAACACCAUCAUCACCAUGACCACCAACACCAUCACCACCACCACCAUGACCACCAACACCAUCACCACCAUGACCACCAACACCAUGACCACCAACACCAUCACCACCAUGACCACCAACACCAUCACCACCAUGACCACCAACACCAUCACCACCAACACCAUCACCACCAUCACCACCAACACCAUCACUACCAUCACCACCAACACCAUUACCACCAUGACCAUGACUUCCAUAACCAAGUCCAUCUACAUGCCCAUCAUCACCACCAUCAUUACCAUGUUCAUCAUCACAAUCACUUGUCAUUCGGAAAUACCUUUCUCUUGUCCAAUGCCAUCAUCAUCAUCACCACCAUCAUCACCAUGCCUUUGACCACCAUUAUCGUCACCAUCAUCAUCACCAAGUCCAUCAUCACCACCAUCAUCACCAUGCCCAUCAUCAC